AUGUGUUCUUCAGAAGCUAGGGCGUACCCUAGAAACGACGCGCAUUGUCCUCGCCCGGACCACGUGGCAAAUAUGCGAGGGCUACCGGCUAGAGGACGGAGCCGGCCAAAGAAGCUAGUCCGCCAUCGCCAGCAACAGCCAGUGCGCUUGGCAACACUUAACGUUGGGACGCUUACUGGAAGAAGUCGUGAACUGGCAGACAGUCUCAGAAAACGCCGUGUUGACAUAUGUUGUGUACAGGAGACUCGCUGGAAAGGCUCCAAGUCAGGGGAAUUAGGCGAUGGCUACAAGCUCAUCUACCACGGCACAUCAAAUCGCAAUGGCGUUGGUAUCAUAUUGAACGAGUCGUUUAGAAAUAGCGCCACAGCGUUGGAUCGACUAUCGGAUCGCUUGAUGGCUGUAAAAGUAGAUACAGGAGAAGUGGAAUUGCGAGUCGUAUUUGCUUAUGCGCCACAGAUGGGCUGUAGUGAAGAAGAGAAGGCGUGCUUUUGGGAAGAUCUGGAGCAGUACGUCCAAUCCCUGGAAGGCGAAGAAGUACUUCUAAUCAGAGGAGACUUCAACGGACAUGUCGGUUCUCGGAAAGACGGGUUCGAGAGUUGUCAUGGUGGAUACGGUUUUGCAGCUCGCAACGACGACGGGUUGCGAAUCCUGGAGUAUGCUGUUGCAAGUGACUUGAUCAUUGCUAACACGCAGUAUCGGAAAAGAAAAUCGCAUUUGAUCACGUACACCAGCGGUGGUCGUGAAACAAAAGUAGAUUUCUGGAUAUUACGUCGACGAGAUCGCCGACUUCUGCAGGAUUCAAAAGUCAUCCCGACCAUGUCGCUGCCCAACACCAUCUGCUCGUUAUGGACUUGA